UUUAUUAUAAUCAUAUCAACAAGUAUAAUGAAAUGAUCGAUAACAUUGACAAAAUUCACAUGAAUAGUAUGCAGAUACACAUGACAUUUUGAACCAAUAAAUCUCUCUGGUAUAAAAGUUUCCGUUGGGAUAUGUGUCUCUGUCGUGUCCGCGUCCAAGAUGUUGACAUUAUUCCAAUAAGAAUCCAUAACAAUCCGUUAAGGGUAAUAUAGCUGUGAUCGAACGAACAUUUGAAUGAAGGCCAUAAAAAAACUAUUGGCAACAUCAAUCGGUACUGAAAUCAAUAUAAUCCUAUUGAUAAACUGAUCUAAGCCACUCAAAAGUACUUUGAUUAGCGGCUCAGUUUUCGAUUAUACCACGUCACUUUUCUGGAGGUUCUCAUUACGAACAGGGAUCUUGAGGACUUGAGUGUUAAUAACGCUAUCUACAAGGUGGAAGGAAUUUACGAAAUAGAAAUUAAUAAAUGGAAAUGAAUUGUGCUAUCUCUUAGAUGUCAAUGCUCUGUGAUUGCUUAUGUUACACUAUCACUCUAUUGGAUGCCGUUAAGGAAACAUAUUUUAUUUGUGUUGAAUGACUGGGCUUAUCAUCAAUUUCUAAGUAUACUAAAUUCUGAUAAUUGAAACUAUCCUUGGCUUGUUUGUGUUUGAAAUAUUCUCAGACUUUAUGGUGCUAAUAAGUAUUUUGUCUUGACUUAAGCGUGCAAGCGAUGUGUUAGAUAAAUGAGAUUGUCGGAUUUAAUUGCGAUAAAGAUUUGCUAGAGUAUUGAGGAAUGUAAUAUAAUAAUUGUUUAGUGUUCCUUUUGUUUCGCGUUUAUAUAAUUACGAAAUUAGCUUUUGAAGAAAAGAUUCAACGAAAUUAAAUUUGUUUUUCCUUAAAGACCUCCCACGGACAUAUAUUCUAUAAUGGUCUCUAUCAAGCAUCCAUUGUGUCAACCGAAACGUUUUUAACAAAAGCGAUAAAUCAAUCCAAUGUUAUUAUGAGUGAAUAGUCAAUAGAUAGUUGAAUGCAUUUACUAGUAAGUCCCUUGUGCUUGGAUAUGGAAUAGCAUAAGGAAAUAUAUAGGCUCUACUUUAAUAAUCAUUGUCCAGUUCACUAUAUAAGGUUGUUUACGUUAAUAAUGUCACCACAGAGCAUCUACAGAAAAAAAGCAAUAAAGGAAUAAAUAACUAAAACAAAGGAAGAAAUAACUAAAACAAAGGAAGAAACUAAAACAAAGGAAGAAAUAACUAAAACAAAGGAAGAAAGUGUUUAUCAUGGGAAAACUGGAGAAAAAAGAUGGCUGCUGUAGAACGUUGACCAAGUUUCUGUUCUCCCACAUCGGCCUGUGUUUGAUGGUUGUCCUGUACUGUGUGGCUGGUGGCUUCAUCUUUGAACAUCUAGAGAAGAACAACGAGGAACAAAUCUGUUACGAGUCGAGGUCGGAGUACGAGCCCAUGCAGAGUAAAACAAUCAACUCAACGCUUAAAAUAUUCUAUGAUUACGGUGGCGCCACUACAACCGAACAGAGCAGGGAAUUGAUGAUCAUUCAGCUGCAGAGCGUUCUGGAGACCUUCAGAAAUAACACACUAGCCAUAGGCUACAACGGCAGAUGGUGUCAGCUGUAUGGUCAACCUAACGGUCCAACAUAUGACUGGUCAUGGGCUGGGGCAGUGCUCUUUUCUGUCACUGUUGUCACUACUAUAGGCUAUGGACACAUUGCACCCAAAACAGUCUGGGGGAGGCUGGUGUGUAUAGCUUACGCGAUCUUGGGAGUUCCACUGAUGCUGCUAUGCCUUGCUGUCUUGGGUGACGCCCUGGCCAACAUCUUUAGAUACAUCUACUCUCAGAUCUGCUGCUGUGGCACAUGCAAGAAGAAAAAAGAAAACAAAGUGAUAUCAAUGAAUAAGUCUGAAAAAACGAGCUUGGGAUCAUGGGAAUCAAAUGAAAAGUCAGACGCAAUUAUAUUUUCAAGGAUUCCAGCCAGCUGUCCAAAAGAAAACUUAAAUUCUAAAGAUUCAUUGAACCGAUCUGUUGAUUCAAGCAACAGUUUGGACAAUCCAGUGAUAAAUAAGGUGAAAAUCGCUCCCCUUGACUUAACUUCUCUCGGAGACGUCACUGACAGCGAUGAUGACGACUUUGAUGAGAAGAAGGUCACCGUGCCACUGACUAUCACCAUGAUUGUCAUAGGCGGCUACAUCUUUGGCGGGGCGGUGUUGUUUGGUCUGUGGGAGGGACGGGACUGGCUCCAGUCUGCUUACUUCUGCUUCAUCACACUCAGCACUAUCGGGUUCGGUGACGUAGUGCCAGGGAGAGACUUUGACAACUCUCAAGUACAAACACAGCUGAUGCUUGGAAGUAUCUACAUUCUGUUUGGUAUGGCCAUCUUGUCGAUGUGUUUCUCUCUGAUGCAGGAAGAAAUUUUAGCUAAAGCCAGAUGGAUCGGUCAGAAACUUGGGAUAGUUGAAAAAGAAGCCGAAGACUAAAUCAGCUCAAGAGACAUCGGGGUAGACGUUAAUAGUAUAGUACUAACUUUUUAUGUAUUUUUUAAAGUGGAUAUUUCAAGAAAGCGCUGUAUGAUUUAAACAAAUGAAAGUCAACACAUAAAAACGUUAAAAUACCGCUCCUUUUGUUUUUUCGAAACCAAUUAUCAGAAUUGUUAUGACUGUGAUAAAUCUUUCCAUAGAUGUUCACCUUGUAGAACCUUUAUAAGAUUCAAUUCUUUUAUCUUGUCCUCCCAUCGCUUUCUCUGUCUGCCUCUUCUUCUUUUUCCUAGUACUUUUCCCUGAAGGAAGGUCUUUGCGAGCCCUGAAGAUCUUGUAAUAUGGCCAUAGAUUUUUAAGCUUGCGUUUCUCACGAUAGUUAGCAGGUCAUCGUGGGGUCCAAUCGCUGCAGUAACCCUGUCUCUAAUCUCGUGGUUUGUGAUGCGGUCACAUUCAAAGACCGCAUCACAAACCAAGAGAGAUUUAUGUCCUCAUUUAUUUACAUAGGCUUAAACUCUAGUAUCAAAAGAAACAUAAACCAUCCAUAUUUAUUUUCGCUCUACUUUUUGUUGGCAAUUUGCAAUCGUAAUACCAUCAUUUAGAGUCAGUUUUACACUUUUACAAAUGAAACCGAUAGGAUAAGUUUGGGAUAUUAGUCCAUUAACAAUAUUUUGUUUUUUCGAUGCCAAUGACUAAUGACAUUAAUUCAUCGUCAAAGUGAUACAGAUGUUGGAGUAUGCUUAGGAACAGAUAUCAUUUGAUAUAUCGUUGUGGAUUGUUUUGGUAGCACUCUGCCCCUCGGGAGUGAAAUAUCACUUAAAGAUAUUACUAAAUGUUAUUAAAUUAUUAUGUUAAUUUAAUAUGUUAGCACAUUCAUACUAUUACUGUAAACGCAACAUGUCCAAAUAUUUGUUUCAGUAAAUGUAUAUCAUGCAUUUUAUUGGCAGAUGUUACAUUAGAUUGUUUUUAAUAACGUUUAAUUUUAAGAGUCUUUUUCUAAACUAGCUAUAAAUAAGGGAGGUAUGUGAACUCAUGUAGCCAACAAAUGAGUUGAUCUUUUUCGUAAACGUGUUUAUAGACAAAGUUUAGCUCACUCCGUCCGUCUGUAGUGGUGAGAUCUAUUGCAUGUUAGUUCUCCCACUUUUCAGUCUCGGAUCAAGUUCAAAAUUUGCACAUUCUUUCAUUGUCAUGGCUAACUACGAAUCAAUCCAACAAUUAACGAAUUACUUAAUCAAUUCGUAGUCAUUAAUAAAUUUUAUUUGUAUAAACAAUAGAAUACAAACAGGUUUUGCCAUCUCUACUUUAAUUUUGUUUUGUUUUCACUUCUUAGUUACGCACGUACUUGUUAAAGAGCAAUGCAGAGCUCUCUUCCAGGGGACAUAAUACUUGAAAUUUCCAUCUGGGGUAAAUAAUUGGUUAUCUCCUUGAAUAAAUACAUCUACACAUUUUUUUAUCAUUAUCUGUCCCUUAAAUGGUGUCUCUUUUGUGCUGUUACGGUUAGCGCAAAGAGACUUCUUCACUCUUCUCAAUUAGAAGCUAUACACAGCAGAAAUCAAGACAAAGGCAGGUUCUUAUAUAUCAGUGGUUCCCAAACUUUUUUAUCUCAUAGACCCCUUGCCAUGUUUUCUGGUUUUCGGUUGACCCCCUGCGUAACGUGCACAUUUUUUGCAAAGUCAUCAUUUUUUAAAAAUUAUCUAAAUGUAGCGAGUUGAAGAGUGAAAAAGUAAUUUAAAACUACAUAUUUAGUUGUAGAGAACUGUUUUAACAAUAAUGCAGACGAAGGCUAGAAAUUGUUGCAUAAACCAGCAAGCUUCGAGAAGGAAGGGCUUGCUACCCACCUAACGGAAGUACAACUCAAUUCAAAACUCUGCUGCCUUGCAACUAUACCCAAACAUGGGAAAGGUUUUGUGGGUAAACUCUGAGGGAAAAUAAGGAGCCAGCGACCCUUAGGUAGUUUGCAGCACAGCCCUACACCCUGGCAGAGCCUGUGACGCCUCUGAUCCCAAAUGGUAUAUAUGUCGUUUGCAAAGAAUUACAUAAGAAGCUUUUAAUUUGAUAACUCUUGCCACCGAUGUGCCCUGAACUGUAUUAUUGUUUAAAGACAUUCUUUUAUUAAUAUCAGCUGUAGGUUUUCUGUAAAACAGUUUUUAAAACUACAAUGGUUGGUAUUGCUAUAAGUAAAGAGAUAUUAUAAGACAAUCACAAGCGAUCGUUUUCUCUUUAUGACGUCGAAAAGAGAUUGUAUGAGCCUAUUCUGAACUUUAUCUUUGAGUGAAAUUUUUCAAAUCUGUAUCUAUUUUGUCAGGGUGGCAUUGUCUUAGAUGAUACUUCAGCGUAAUUCGAUUGAUAUCGUUAUAACAAAAGGCACUUAAUCAACGCUGUAAAACUG